AGUGCUAGCGCGGCGCUACUUUCGAAACGUGUUACGACAAGUCAAUAAACAAAGCGUACCUCAAUACUUUGUAUUCUUUCUUAAGCUAUUUCUUACUGAAAAUGAUUGAUUGCUUUGUAUUAUAAAUGAAAAAUGAACGAUUUUAGUGGAAUGAGUAAGCCGAGAAAGGUUUGAUUUCAAGAUCUUGGUAUUAUAUACAUAUAUAUAUAUAUAUAUAAAGAUUAUAACAAUUCUUUGCACAGUUCAUUAAGAAAAGAUGAUGGAUAUGGAAUUCUCUCAGAUAUUCCGAGAUCAAGAAUCUGAUGAAAUUAGUCUCGAGACCUCUGUUCCAACGGACACAUUUUCUCCAGAAAGGGAACAUGUGAACCGGCGCAGUUCGCGAAGAAUUAAAGAUACCGUAUCUAAUGCCGCUGGAAGAAAUAUUCUUGAGAAAAAGCAGCUACUUCAUGACCUACAGCUGCACAAGAUAGAGUCAUCGCAAAAAGGAAUUGCCAUUGAUAACCUAAAGAUACAACAUAUGCAACGAACAGAAGAAUUAGAAGAGAAACUGAAUGAAGCUCUUUACCAAAAGCAAAUUCUCCAAACUCGUUUGGAAUCUGAAAUCCGAAUACAACAGGAAGAAUUCAAGCGUUAUCAAGAUUCUAUGAAGAAAGAGCUAGAAGAUGUUGUCAAGAAGCAGCAUCAACUAGAAUCAUCAAAUGCUAUAUUACAAGAUAAAGCAUGUGACGUGAAAAAUAGUCUGCUGAAUUUGGACCUCAGUGAACAAGAAUACUAUGAACUACGAAGCCAGAAAGAGGAGGACUGGUCUUUGCGAGAAUAUGUUAGCAUUAAACUUUAUGAAAAAAAUUUUCCUCUACAAAAUGAAGUGAAAACAUUGAAGUCAGAAACCAUCAGUUCUGAAAGAGAGAUAAAAACAUUAACAAACAAAUUAUCUGAUUUACAAAAGAGGUUAGAUGGGGAACGCAUUGCCCAUGGAGAACUAAGGAUAAAAUAUCAGAAAAUGAGUCUACAGCUCUCUGAGAAUCAAACCAAAAUUAAAACCGAUUUGUAUAAAAUAAACAAUUUUGACCAUAUCAAGAGUGAUCGAGAUAACCUACAGCAUGACCAAACUGAACUACAGCGCCAUAACCUGGUGUUGGAUGCAUCACUUGCUAAUGUCCAAAAAGAACGUGAUGAUUUAAACAGACAGCUAGGUUGCUGCAAACAAGAGAUUUCUUUACUUCAGCAAGACAAAACUUAUCUGUCUCGCCAGGUGAAUGAGCUGACUAAUCGAUGUACUUUGAUAGGAGAGAAAGUGCAAGAGACCAACCUACAGUUAGAAGAUGCUAAAAAAUCUCGGGAGGAGAUGUAUGAGAAAUAUAUUUCUUCCCGUGACCAUUACAAGUCUGACUAUGAAACUCGUCUCAAGGAAGAAUUAGCAAAAAUUCAAUCGAAGACAAAUAUGGAAAUUGAAAAACUUCGAACAUCAACUAAAGAAAUGUAUGAUCGAGAAAAUCGAAACUUACGUGAAGCCCGUGACUUUGCAGUGAUGGAGAAAGACAAAUUUGAGUUAAAAUGUCAAGAAAUUCAAGAUAAAUAUGACCAGCUUAUGAAUGAAUUCCGAACCUUACAGACUUCUGGUGAUGGGAGAUUGUUAGAUUUACAAAGUGAAGUUAAACUAAAAAGUUUUGAAGCAGAACGAGGUAAUUUGGUCUUUGAAGAAACUUGUAAAAAUUUGAAACAGUGUCAGUUAGACCUGGAAAAAAUGGAAGCAAAGUAUGAUGUCUUAUUGAAAGAGUACUAUGCAAUGGAAAACAUGAAAGAAAAGACUAUUACUGAGCUGAAUUCAGAACUAGUGUCUAAGAAUAUACGUUUAGAUUCUUAUGAGAAGCUUGAAAAAGAGUUGGACGAAGUUGUUUUGCAAGCUGCUGAGUUAACUGAUCAAGAAAAUGCUGAGAAAGUUCUCUUUGCUUAUGGCUAUGGUGCCAAUGUACCAACAAAUGCAAAGCGUCGACUGAAACAGAGUAUAGACUUGGCGCGAAGAGUUUUAAAUCUUGAACGGGUCAAUACAUCACUUCAACAUGAUCUUGAAGCUGAGAAGAAAUGUGUUCAACAAAUAACUGAAGAGUUAAAGUCUUCUAAAGACCUAAUUCAUGCUUCACAGCAGCCACAAAGCUACCUUGUUGAAACCCUUAAAAAUCGAGACAAUAUGUUAAAAACACAAAAAGCUGAGCUUGAUAAUGCAUUGAAACAGAAUGAGAUCCUGAAAACUGAACAAAACCGACUUUUAGCCACACAAAAUCAACUGUCACAAGAUUUAGAUCGUUUGCUCCAUCACCAGGCUGAAAUCUCUCUAAUGAAGCAGGUUCUGAUGAAGAUAUCUUCUGGUAAAUCUGGUGGAAUUGAGACUUUGAUAGAAAGUGGUAUUUCAUUUACUCAGGCAUGACUUAUGCAAUAUCAGUUUACCAUGUGUUGUUAUGUCCCUAGUAGAUGAGGAUAAUAUUCUAAGUUUGAUAUCAAUAUCUAUUGUAUUUAAUGUGCUGCUUAGUGACUUCAAUUUAUGAAAAUGUUUUGUUGAGAAGUAUUUAUAUCUUUAAAAUAGCUAUGAGAGUCUGUAAGAUCAAUUGGUGUUUAUAUUUUUGUAUAUUUUAUAUAAAUUUACAUAUAAAUGCAAUUAUUUAAGUUUUAAGACAAUGUACUACUUUUUCAGCCCACGGGAAAAAAAUGAAACAUUUAAAGAGGUGGUAGGAGUACUCUGAAAGAAGUCUUUCUAGGUACAUCAGCCUAGUAAAGUUCAUAUUUUCUAAGCUAUAAUUUUUGAUGUAAUUGAAGUGACUCAUCAUGGCAGUCUAACAACGAAGGAAAAUAAAUCUCUAUUUAAGAA